AUGCCUAAUGUAGGGGCUAGGGAAGUGCCAGCCUCACCUGAAACGGGAUUAUUUGAUAGAGCGGCUGAGGAUGAUGCACUAUUUCAAGCUAUGCUCCGUAUUCUGGAAAGGGUUGUAGGGACCAGUUCCGGUGCUUUGGGCCGUGGGUCAACUUUUGACCGACUCCGGUCAAAUGGAGAAAAAAAAUUUAGGGGUAUUUCUGGAGUAGCCCCUAAUGUCGCUGAAUACUGGUUGAAAGCCACGGAAAGAAUAAUGGAUGAUCUCGACUGUAUUUCUGAGCAAAAAAUAAAAGGUGCAGUGUCUCUACUGCAAGAUGAGGCAUAUCAGUGGUGGCUUACCGGGAAUAAGAUUGUGGGAGAAUAUGAGGCAGAUUCCCUGCGAUUGAGUCAUUAUUCACGGGGGAUAGUGGCAACUGAGUAUGAACACAGUGUGCGAUUUGAUGACGGCCUACGGGAUGAGUUGCGAGUCCUGAUAGCUUUGCAGAGGGAGCUAGAUUUUGCUGUCCUUGUGGAAAAGCCAAAAAUCACCAACGAUGUGAAGCGCUCUGAGUGCCAAAAUCGUGAGAAAGAUAGGGGCAGGUUUAAGAGGGAUUCAGAGCCAUCAAGUUCUUCUAGAAGGCUUAAAAGGAAGGUCAAAUUGGGGCGUGUUUCAGAUGUGGGUCUAAGAUUGGGGCAUGUUUCAGAUGUGGGUCUAAGGAACAUCAAGUUAAGGAUUGUUCUUAGAGGCCUACUCAGAUGCAAGCUACAAGGGCAGGGUUUUGCUCAACUAGUGAGAGGAGUUCAGCAGCCACCGAGAGAUCGUGGGUAG